AUGGCUACGCACACCCUCCAUUUCGCUCCAUCUCCUCUGCUCCCUCCCACCAAACCAAACCUCAGCAGCAAAUUCCCUUCUUCUGGAUUCAACUACAGAACUGAGAGAUCCUUCAAAUCCGUCGCGGUUCGAUCAUACAAAGUGGUGAUUGAACAUCAGGGCGAGUCCACGGAGCUUGAAGUCGAGCCAGACGAGACCAUACUAUCCAAGGCACUGGACUCCGGUUUAUCCGUGCCUCAUGACUGCAAGCUCGGAGUGUGCAUGACUUGCCCUGCGAAGAUAGUCAGCGGCUCAGUCGAUCAGAGUGACGGCAUGCUCAGUGACGACGUGGUGGAGCGCGGCUACGCGUUGCUCUGUGCUGCAUACCCGACUUCGGAUUGCCACAUUAGAACCAUUCCCGAAGAAGAUUUGCUGGCGCUGCAGCUCGCAACGGCUAAUGACUGA